CCUCACCUUGCCCUUUAUCCUGGACACAGACGCGAGCAAUGUGGGCAUGGGUGGGGUGCUGGCCCAGGUGGGGCCAGAGGGGGAGAGAGUGGUGGCGUACUUCAGCAAAACAUUUGACAAACAUGAGCGCCGCUACUGUGUCACCCGGCGGGAGCUCUUGGCUGUUGUGGCUUCCGUCAAACACUUCAAGUACUACCUGGGUGGUCUGCCCUUUACUGUAAGGACUGACCACUCUGCUCUCCAGUGGCUCAUGUCUUUCAGAGAGCCAGAGGGGCAGGUGGCACGCUGGUUGGAGGAGCUUCAGCCGUAUGACUUCACGGUGGUGCACAGGGCAGGGGCACGCCACUCCAACGCCGACGCCAUGUCCCGUCGGCCCUGUACUGCAGACGGCUGCCGCCACUGUGAACGGAGAGAGGGACGGGAGAGAGAGCUGCGGGCAGAGGAGGGUGUCUGUGCCACAGUGUGUCGGGCGAGCGGGCCUGUCUGCUGUGAGCUGCAGACUGUCGACGUGGCUGAAUGGCGGCAGCAGCAGGGACGGGACACAGACCUACAGCCAGUGCUACAGUGGGUAGAGGCGCAGGUGAGGCCACCAUGGGAAGAGGUGACAGCGCUCUCACUCGCGACCAAAGGGUUGUGGUCGAAGUUUGAGAGACUGCGGCUGGCUGAUGGCGUGCUACAGCGGGCAUGGAAGGAGUCAGCUACGGGAGAGGAGAGGUGGCAGGUGGUGGUCCCAAAAGCA